GUAAAAAUCCGCCUCUCUUUAGUCAAGGAUGACUCACCACGUCUGUCCUCAUGUCCCCUGUCUUUGUCUUCUGCGUGUCUCAGACUCUAAGGCCAUCGUGGACGGGAACCUGAAGCUGAUCCUGGGUCUGAUCUGGACUCUCAUCCUGCACUACUCCAUCUCCAUGCCCAUGUGGGAGGACGAGGACGACGAGGACGCCAAGAAGCUGACCCCCAAACAGCGUCUGCUGGGCUGGAUCCAGAACAAGGUCCCGCAGCUCCCCAUCACCAACUUCCACCGAGACUGGAGGGACGGCAAGGCGCUGGGAGCGCUGGUGGACAACUGCGCCCCCGGUCUGUGUCCAGACUGGGAAACGUGGGAUCCCAGUCAGCCGGUGGAGAACGCCAGAGAGGCCAUGCAGCAGGCCGACGACUGGCUCGGCGUGCCCCAG